AAGAGGACCACGAACGACGGCACAGAGGGUACGAAUGCAAGGAGGACUUCGACCGACAGUCCCAAGCGUCCAACUAUCGCGAGCAACGUGUACCCGACAAACCGCGCAUCACGUUAUCUACGUUCAGGGGCAGCGAUCCAGACGCAUGGCUCAACAGGGCAAUGCAAUAUCUAGAGCUCAAUGAAACUGACGGCCCAGAUCGUGUAAGGUACGCAUCAUAUUAUCUUGAUGGUGAGGCCAAUGUAUGGUGGCAAUGGCUCACAAGGAUCUACCGCAAAAAUUGGGAGGAAUGGUAUGAUCUGAAAGUUGAAUUGGAUAGGGCCCAUCAAAAAGAAGAGGUUUACUGGAGAAUGAAAUCUAGGGCUAUGUGGCUUAAGGAGGGGGACAGAAAUUCCAGAUUUUUUCAUGCGGUUGUGGCCCAAAGAAGGAAAUCGAAUACAAUUCAGAGGCUGGUGACGGGAGAGGGAGUGAUCUGUGCUUCUAAAGAAUCCAUUGUGCAUCAUCUGGAAGGUUUCUAUUCUAAUCUUUUUUCUUUUGAUGGAAGCUCUGAGGAAGAUGAGAU